AGAGUUUAAAAGAGAAGAACAAGGCAUUACUUCAAGAGAAAAGACAACUUUUGUUAAAGAAUAAAGAAGAUUUUUCAAAAUUGGAAUCAGAAAGAGUGAGUAGUAGAAUUCGCUACCAAUUAAUGUAAGGAAAACAGGAAGUUCAAUUGCGUUUUCUUUAAACUGAUACCAUCAGCUUUGGAAUGCUUUACCUACAAUGCAAAAACGCCUAUCCUGUAACAAUGUUGUUGAAAACAGGCCUGAACAGUAUUUUGCUGCCCAUAUUGUCCCUGGUUGUUAACAAUAUUGUAUUGUUCAGCAUUGUUCACCUGAACAAUUGGUAACAAGUCAUUUCUUACGAGUCUAAGUCAAGUCACAAGUCGUUGAUCUGAUUAACAAAUCAAGUUACAAGUCACAAAAAUUCCGACUCGAAUCCAGGUCUCAUGACUCGAGUCUUUAACUGUGCCAUUCAUCGAUCAAUUUCCCUUUUUUACCAGAUUGUUAUUAUCAAGAAUCUCACGAACAUGUUAGAUAACAAACAUGCGAAAUAUGUUGAAGGUAUGCAUUUUGUGUGUGUUGCUACUCAGGUGAAUAUGAUAUUUGUUCCAUGCAGAAAUGUUUCUAUGCCUCUAUAUAUGUUUAUAUGCUUCUAUGAUUCUAUGCUUCCAUGCAUGUUUCUAUGCUUCUAUGAUUCUAUGUUUCCAUGAUUCUAUGCUUCUAUGAUUCUAUGCUUCUAUGCUUCUAUGCUUCUAUGUUUCCAUGCUUCUGUGAUUCUACGUGUCUAUGCUUUUAUGAUUCUAUGCUUCUAUGAUUCUAUGUUUCUAUGUUUCCAUGCUUCUGUGAUUCUACGUGUCUAUGCUUUUAUGAUUCUAUGCUUCUAUGAUUCUAUGCUUCUAUGUUUCCAUGCUUCUGUGAUUCUACGUGUCUAUGCUUUUAUGAUUCUAUGCUUCUAUGAUUUUAUGCUUCUAUGUUUCCAUGCUUCUGUGAUUCUACGUGUCUAUGCUUUUAUGAUUCUAUGCUUCUAUGAUUCUAUGUUUCUAUGUUUCUGUGUUUCCAUGCUCGAGGGUUGGAUUCCCACCGUGGUCAGGCAAACUUUUUAGUUUGCCCGGUGUGGAUGCACACUCAGAGUAACAUCACAAACAUCAUGUUCAAGGUAGACAAGAAGAUGUAAUUAAGAAGUAAAAAUUAAUAAUAAUUCAGGAAAAAUUACCAUACAUGUAUGUGUUCUCUUUAUAAUCCAGCUUAGCUCCCAGCUGCAAGCAUGAAUGAUAAUUAGCAACCCCCCCCCCCCUCCGCGCCAUACGUACUGUACAUAUUGUCAGACCAAGGUUUCAGAACUAUAUUGAACUCUAUUUUGUUAUGUAGUGAAGCGAGAGCUGAGCAAAAAGCAAAACAACAAUCGCGAGUUGGAAACAGAACUACUUCAGUUGCGUGAAGCUUGCGGCAACAAUGACACACAACACGUCGAGGAGAUGGCGAAAACGAGAUCAACUUUUGAAGAAGAAAUCAGCGGUCUCAAACAGAAACAAGAAGCAGAACUGGUGGGAAUGAGAUCUAAAGUGGAAGAGAUUGAAAAGGAAAAUGAAGAAUUGAAAACGGUAGUGGCAAAAGAGAAAGAUGAGGCGGACAAGAGGGAAAAUGAAGUGAAGGAAAAGAGCGGGAAGGAAUUUGAGACAUUGCAAGUGGAAUUGAAAAAACUGAAAGAAGAAAAUGAAAAUUUGAAGAUUGAACUGGAAAACACUCAAAAGUAAGCCUACGGAUCAGUUAGAUAACCCAGUAAAUUUAUUGGAAAUAUCCCCCUAUUUAAUCUUCGACGUAAUGAAAUAUGUUUCAAUGUUAAUAGGACUGAAGCAAGUCCAGCAAUCGAUUCAGAUUCACGUGUUUGCGAUUUACAACUAGUCAAGUUGAAAAUCACAAAUCGCAAAGUUUAUAUAUACUGGAUAGCUUUAUAGAAACAAAACUGUUUCUCCCAGAUGUUCAGUUGGGAUGUUCAGUAUUGUUUCAGUGUUACCAUAUACUGAAGGGAACCGCUGUACCUGCGGUGUUUGGUCGAGCAAAAUUGGAAGAACAAAAUUGGAUUUUUCAGGAAUUGAACCCCGGUCACACAGAUCAAAGACGCAUGCAUUAACUAGUCACUGUGCUGGCAAAAUCCCGUGAAUAAUGAACACUUUACAAUUUUUUAAAAAUAUGUAUUUUGUUUUCCAGACAAGCUGUGGCAGUUGCCACAAGUACUGUUGUCACCAAACAGGUUGGAGAAGAAAUCCAACAAUCUUCUGAGGAGAAAACAGAUAAAGAGAAGACCAUAGCAGGUUAGAUCUUUUUCACUUUACUUUCUACACAAUAGGGGUAGCGCAUUUGUCAGAGCAAGCUUUCACCUCUGAGAUCGUGCAUGGGAUUGAUUCUCGCUAUGGAUUCAUGACACUUAUGUGACAAGAGUCAGUCAACGUUAUACCGAAAGUCGUGGGUUUUGUUCGGGUACUCUGGUUUUCUUCUGCUGGGAAUGUUGACCAGAUGGAUUGGGAUAAGCCCCAAACUGACCCUUCCACCGUGAGUGUGCUCCAUGAUCAGACGUGAGUCAUAAGGUGGCAGCCAGAGGCGCCCUUAGAAAGCCUACGACUGGAUCAGGUUGAGCCGCGUCCUUCGCAAUUCAGCUUAGCUCUCAGCUGCAAGUAAGGAUGAUUAGCACACCCCACUUACUUACUUAACUCUUACUAACCUGAAAAAGGUGCAUGGUUGUGACAAAAACGACAGUUUAUUGUAGAAUAUUAUCGACACUGGACCUCUACAUUUGAAUGGAAUAAAAAACCUUUCCAGAGCAAUUUUUAAAUAUCGCGUAUUUGCGAUGAAAAGUGUUCAAAACCUAAAAUCUUUUUGGCAUUCCUUUCAAAAUUACUUUGUUUUAGCUUUAUUUUGUAGUAUUGUCAAUUUAAAUACAAUUAUAUCAUUGAUGCUGUAAAAUUAUACAGCAAUAUCAGCAAAACUUACUGAACUUCAGGCAUCAUUUUCUCUUUGGCGUACCAUCUAAAGCCUCUUCAUUUUAACAUUAUUUUACAGAUAAAGCACUACACAUACCUUUCAAGUUUGUUUGCCGCUUGAGAAACGUAUAAAAAAUUUAAAAAAAUUAAAUACAGUCAUAACUAAGUGGAAAGCAUGUCCAUUAGUUUUGAGCGCUUGUUACGGAACAUACAAGAGAUUCCCCUCUUAAAAGCACUGAAGGAAUUGGGAAUGCUGAAUUUCUUUUGACUUUCUUUUCAGCUAUCAAAAAUUGUGUAUUAAAUUUCUUUAGCUGUCGCUAUAUCUUCUGAAGAAGAAGCUCGUCUAAGGACAGAAAUACUCACCCAGAAAGAAAAGAUAAACAGUUUGGAGGAAGAUCUGGCUAAAAAGAAUGAAAAUCUUGCGGCAUUUGAAGAUAAUAUCAAGUCAUUGACAACAGACAAAGAAAGAUAUGAAGCCCAAUUGACUUCUGUUCGUCAGGUAGGAAUUAACAUAGAUUUUAUAUAAAAAAAGGUUGAGCCUGAUAAUUUCAUUGGGGGUAAUUUCGCCUCAGGCAUAUGUGAGAAGAGUACCUUCAGUUUCACUGUACAAAACACCGCAGUUUUUCUCCGGGUAUUCCGUUUUCCUCCGCGGUAAAACCAAUUGCUAAAACUGCACCAACAAGAAAUGGCCCUUGCUGGACCUCUAGCGAGAACAGUUUAGAACUUAUAGAGCUAUUCAGUAAAAGUUAAUAUAGUGUGGGUUUCUUCUUGUGGAAACCCUAGGACAACUAGCUAGGAUUAAUAACACUACUGGUUCUCUAGGGAGAACAGUUUAGAACUAAAUAAAGUUAAUUUAGUGUGGGUUUCAUCCUGUAGUAACACUGGAACAACAAGGAGUGGGUCUUACUGGGCCUCUAGGGAGAACAGUUUAGAAUUAAUAGAGCUAGUUAUCCAGUAUAAAUAGAGUUAACUUAGUGUAGGUUUCCUCCUGUAGUAACGCUGGGACAACAAUGGAUGGGCUUUACCGGACUGUAUAGGCAGUUUAGAACUGGUAGAACUAUCCAAUAUAUAAAUAAAGUUAAUAAUUGAGUUUUCUCCUGUAGUAACAUCGGAACAACAAGCGAUGGGCCUUGCUGGACCUCUAGGGAAAAAAAUUAGAAUUGAUAGAGCUAUCCAGUAUAAACAAAGUUAAUUUAUUGUAGGUUUCCUCUUGUAAUAACGCUGCGACAUCAAGCUAGGAUGGGCCUUACUGGAUCUCUAGGAAGAACAGUUUAGAACUGAUAGUGCUAUCCAGUAUAUUAAGUAGAUGGAUUGAGUCUUGUGUUGGCACAACUCAUGAGUACCCUAAGACAGAUUUAGACAAAAGAAUUAGAAAGUGCCAAAAAUUCGACAGUGGGGGUAAUAAAAAGCUUGUGCACAUAACCCUUCUACUUUCCGUAAAUAUAUACUACUUUUCCUAAUUUCUUUCCUGGAUAAUUAUAAUAUAAUUCUAUGCAUACUCCAGGAUCUCACGCAAUCACGACAGCGUUCCGAGGCCCUGCAUCUGCAGUUGGAAGGUCUUCUAUCAACGGUUUCACCCAACCAUGACGAGAAGGAAACAGAGGUCCAACUUAUGAAAGCCGUCGAAGAAAAAACUGAUUUGCUUGUGGAAGUUGAAAAGUUGAAAAGUGAAGUGGAAGAGUGGAAGGAAAAAUAUCAACAGGAAAAUGAUGAGAAGGAAAUUUCCGAAGAUGUCAGGUAAGGAAUGCAGAGUUGGUGACUGAGCCUCAGUGGCAUGCGAGAAAAUGCUUCCAGUUUGACUCUACCAAAACCGGAGUUGUUUUGUUUCGAACUGAUACAUCUAUCCAAUAUAAAUAAAGGUAGUGUAAUUUAACAUUUUGCUAUCUCUCUUGUACAGUGAAGAGUACCAGAAUUUGGUUCAAAAGCUGGCCGAAGAGCAGGCAAAAGUUCAGGAGAAUGAAACGAAGAUUGCUGUGAUGACGAUGUUGAAGGAAGGCAGCGUACCAGAGACAUUGCCCAUACCAGGUACUCACUUUGUUCUCUAACUUGUACCCUACGUAGUUGUGAUCAUGGAAAGUACAAUGCCGAACUAUGUAUAGUCUUUUGCAUCUAAUUCUCGUUAACCAAUGCAGACAAUUAAAACAUAGUGAAAAGCAAUUUUUUAAAAUAAACUAACCAUGUACAAAGCAAAUUUACCAUCAUUUGUCCAAAAAAUUAUAAAACGUCGCUGUUAUGUGGACCUAUCUCGCGGACGUCGGCUGAAAAGCCACCCAAAAAUGGCGCCGUGAGAAAUGCUAAUUGACUUAUUCUAACUUACUCCGUCAACAUAACCUGCGUGAGGAAGGUAGAGAACCCGGAGAAAACCCAGAAUUCCACGAUGUCAGCGGCGAAAGGCGCUUGCUCCUGUAACGACUACGGCAUCUCAACAAAGAUUGUGAUAUAUCGCUCGGUUUAAGAUUUAACUUAUACUCGGGUUAGAUGUUUAAGUCUAAAUGCGCCCAAUCCAAAUUCAACCCAGGUCAGUUGAAACAAAGGGAGUGGUCAUCAUUUAUGGCGGGGGUGGCACCGAAGAGAAAAGGGUUGGGUAAAAAAACAUUUGAGUGAGUAAAAGGUUAGGUAUAAAUGAAAAACAAAACAACCGAAGGGUUGGGCAAUAAAUAUGUAUUGACAUUUCCAAAGCAUGGAUCAAAUAUUCAAGACUAAAAAGCAAUGUCAACAGUCAUUUGUCAAUACAAUGUGUUAAGCAAUCAGAGUCACUAUCUUGAUCAUUUUCCGAUUUGUCAUGAGGCAAAUGGUGUCUCCAAAGAAAGUACAUGUGCAGACAACAUGAAACUUUAGACUGCAGAAAAUUGCACAAAUGAUAUCCUUUUGUAAAGUUUUUGGCCAGGGGUGGGCAUUUAGUUUUUAAUUGACAUUUGAGGUGGAGUAAAAAUUUUGACUUUUUAUGCUUGGAUCACAUAACGUUUACCAAGAAAAACAUUUGUCUUCGGUGCCAUUCUCCACCAUAAAUAAUGACCCAUUCCUAACUAGUGUUAUAAACCCUGGUUAGCUUUCAUAAGGAAAUUCAGGAUUGCGUCAUCAUCUUUCUAGCUGGAAGUAUCAGUAAAGACUUGGAAGAACUGGAAGAGAAAUUAAGCAAGAUUGAAGAAGAGCGAGACUCUCUGAAUCUGGAGCUAGAUCGAACCAAGAAUGAACUACAGGGAAAGUUAAGUGACGCUAAAGAGAGAGUUCAGGAAUUAGAAUCUGAACUUGAUGAAGCUCGUCAAGACUUGAUUGAUGUAAGAAAUGUGCCACAGGGAGAAUCCAUUGAGGUAAGGACCAAUCAUCUUUCGAACAUGAGGUUCAUGACAAAAAAAUUUUCUGAGACUGCAUGUUUACAUAAUGGUAUCCAACCGAGGUGUGAUGCUGUGACUAUGUUUCUUUAUAGGAGGUAAAUAAUAAAAUGGAGGAAUUAAAGGUUGAAUUGGCACAAGCUCAAAAAGAGAAAGAGCAAGAAAAAUUACGAAACAGCGCUCUCUUGGAAGAAGUAGAAAAGUUAACAAUUGUAAGUGUAUUUACGUACUAUGAGUUACUUCUUAAAACGAAAUAGUAGUACAUUCUGACCUCUAAUAACCGAACACCUUCGGGACCACAUGCAGUAGGGGGGCAACGCCCAACUAAUUUAGGAACAGUAGUGAUCAAAGGUAAACGUGUCAACUGAAGGGGCUGGUUAUGCUGUGGAAUUUCCCUGCGAGUUCAAGUUUCAUGGAGACAGUUUUUCUUGCGGUUGCUCGAAAGACGGAUUAAAGAAAGAAAAGUUUGUUUUAGUUAUUAGCGUUUACACCACAUAGAAAUACUGCAUUAAUAAGGCAAAGUGACAUCACAGAUUAUGAGCUCAGGGGCUCCACUACCUCUCUGCAAAUAACCUUUCCUAGAACUGAAAAUCUAAAAAAAUUUUUUCGUAUGAUGGAGCGAAAUUGUGGAAUUCCUUAACCUCAGCUGAUAUUUAGAUUCUUUGCUGAUAUUUAGAAAUGGAAUUACUGCUCACAAUUUCACGUAAUUUAUUGUAAAUAUAGUUAUUAUUAUAGCCAUACUAAUAGGUUGAUUUUUGUAAAUAUUUUUGUAAAUAUUUUUAUAUUGAUGCAAUGAACACGCCCCUCGUGUUUACCUACCUACCCUACCUACCUACGUGUCAUUGAUUGUUAUGAAAAUUUAAUUUAGCAUAUUUACAUCAUCCAUAACGAUUGUCCACUUAAGAGAGGUUAUUCGACUCAUUGGGACCUUACGUUAAGUGCCCGCUUCCACUUUAAGAGAGUUGUCCCUUUGUAGAGGUUCGACUGUAUGUUUUCGCUACGGUUUCUCUAUGACGAUCUGCUCAACCAAUUCUAUAUUGUAAUGAGUAAUUUUAACCAUGCAGGAAAUGAGUAAUGUGCAAGAUGGCUCCAGUACCGAAGUGGAUGAACUGAAAGCGAAGUUGGCUUCCACCAAAGAAACGUUACAAGGAGAAAUUAAAGUUCGCGAAGAGGUAAAAACUACUGUGUUUAUAGCUAUUCUCCCUGAUGUUGUACUAUCUAUGUAAACUAACUAAUGGAAAAUUGUUUAAUUUCUUAUAUUUUUCAACAGCAACUGGCCAAAGCGAAAGAAAGAAUUGCAGAAUUGGAGAAACAAUUGCGGGACAAUCUUCCCGUUGACGUUGGCAAAGAGUUGGAAGCCUGUCAAGCCAAAGUUGUAAGUGAGAUUUUGGUACUCACUUUCUGAGCAUUUACAAAUACUAGAACAAUGCUUCCAGUUUGACUUUUACAAAAUACCGUCUAGUUUCAACAGGUGAACUCAGCUUUCCUCCUGUAGUAACACUGGAUCAAUUAGAGAUCACACUUACUAGACCUCUAGGAAGAACAUAUUAGAACUGAUAAAGCUAUCCGGUAUACAUAGGUCUAUUAACUUUAGUUUAUGUUUCGUCCUGUAGUAGCAUUGGAUAAUGAAAGGAUAACCUAGCGAAAACUGUCCAGAAAUGAUAGAGUCAUUAUGUUUAGUUUAGAUAUGCGAAUCUUCAUCGUGUUGCUUUACUUUUAUAUUCCUUGUACCACACAGAAUGCGGUCGAGAUUGAAAAAGUUGAAAUGACCAAGAACGUGUUACUGUUGCAAGCAAGCAACAAUGAACUUAAUGCGAAAGUUGAUUCUUUAAAUAAAACUAUCGAAGCAAAUAAAAAGACAAAGAAAGAACUUCAGGUUGGAAAUCACUUGGUAUUACUCAUCAUUUGCUUCACUUAGUCAGAAUCUUAGUAGCAAACACUUGAUGGUUCUUACUAUACGUAAAAACGCACAAGUUGUAGCAAACCUGCAGCAGUCUGAGUGCCCGGCACUGGUGCCUAACGUUCAAAAUGGUUCACAAAACAUGUUGAGCACAGUGCCGUUGUUGAGUAUUACCUCUUGGGCACGGUGCCCAAUUUCAUUCGGAAGCAUCAUGUUCAAACUAGGAGCCAAAAACAAGUGACGGGCACCAGUGCAGGGAGACUUGUAACAAUGUUGUUCCAACAACUUGUCAUCAGGUGUGUUCGCACUGCUUGUUCCCAGCUUGUUGACCAGUUGUCAACGGCUUGUGGACAACUUGCUACAAGGCUGUUGAGCUCAACAAAUUUGUUACAAGUUGUGAGUGACAAGUUUGUAGCAACUUGAUAAAAUAAUAACGUUGUUACAACUUGUUGACAAGUUUGCUACACGCCUGUUGCGAACACAUCUAGUUAAAAUUUAGAACUGCUGGAGCUAUUUACUUAUCAACAAACUAAGUUUAGUUUGAAGAUUCGGCGGCAUUUGCCAUAUUAAUUUGAUUCGACUUUUUAUCUGCAGGAAAACAACAAGAAAGCCCGAAGCGAGAUGGAUGAAAAAAUAAAAAAUAUUUCAAACCAGGCUGAAACCAAACACAAGAAGCAGGUUGACGAUCAUAACAAGAAGAUUAAAAGUUUACAACACAGGGUAAGACCGAAUGGCCCUUUCUAUAACAGCCAGGGCCGUAGCUACACUGAUAAUUGGCGGGAGGGGGGGGGGGUGCAUAUUCAUAUAUUCGUGUUCUGCCCGACGGAUUUCUUUUGAAAGCGAUUGUUUCCCUGGUAACAGCAAACAUACCAGUCAUGGCCCAGUGAUGGGAAUGUUCCUUUGUCUUUUCAUUGUUUUGGAAAUUCAACUGUUCUCCAUGCCGUCCAGUCAUGAUUCAUUGAUCGAAAUGUUCCAAUGUCUUUUCAUUGUUUUAAAAAUGUUCCAUUGUCUUUUCAUUUUUUUUUCAAAAUAUCAUUGUUCUCCAUGUCAUCCAGUCACGAUUCAGUGAUCGAAAUGUUCCAUUGUCUUUUCAUUGUUUUGAAAAUCCCAUUGUUAUUCAUGCCAUCCACUCACGAUUCAGUGGUUGGAAUGUUCCAUUGUCUUUUCAUUGUUUUGAAAAUAUCAUUGUUAUUCAUGCCAUCCACUCACGAUUCAGUGAUCGAAAUGUUCCAUUGUCUUUUCAUUGUUUUGAAAAUCCCAUUGUUAUUCAUGCCAUCCAGUCACGAUUCAGUGAUCGAAAUGUUCCAUUGUCUUUUCAUUGUUUUGAAAAUCCCAUUGUUAUUCAUGCCAUCCACUCACGAUUCAGUGGUUGGAAUGUUCCAUUGUCUUUUCAUUGUUUUGAAAAUCCCAUUGUUAUUCAUGCCAUCCACUCACGAUUCAGUGAUCGAAAUAUUCCAUUGCCUUUUCAUUGUUUUGAAAAUAUCAUUGUUCUCCAUGCCAUCCAAUCACGAUCCAGUGAUCAGAAUGUUCCAUUGUCUUUUCAUUGUUUUGAAAAUCCCAUUGUUAUUCAUGCCAUCCACUCACGAUUCAGUGAUCGAAAUAUUCCAUUGCCUUUUCAUUGUUUUGAAAAUAUCAUUGUUCUCCAUGCCAUCCAAUCACGAUCCAGUGAUCAGAAUGUUCCAUUGUCUUUUCAUUGUUUUGAAAAUCCCAUUGUUAUUCAUGCCAUCCACUCACGAUUCAGUGAUCGAAAUAUUCCAUUGCCUUUUCAUUGUUUUGAAAAUAUCAUUGUUCUCCAUGCCAUCCAAUCACGAUCCAGUGAUCAGAAUGUUCCAUAGUCGUUUUAUUGGUUUGAAAAUUCCACUCUUCUCCAUGCCAUCCAGUCAUGAUUCAUUGAUCGGAAUAUUCCAUUGCCUUUUCAUUGUUUUGAAAAUCCGAUUGUUCUCCAUGCCAUCCAAUCACGAUCCAGUGAUCGGAAUGUUUGCAUUGUCUUUUUAUUGGUUUGAAAAUCUCACUCUUCUCCAUGCCAUCCAGUCACUCAUUCUUUUUUAGCCAGCAUUUAUGCAAUUGGCUUAGAUAUAAAACACGAAACUUUUAGUUAAAUGUAUAAUGAUGAUAAUUUUUAUGAUUAUUUUAUUGUAGAUUAAAGAACUAGAGACAACGGCAACUCAGAAAGUAGCACCAGCACCCGUUCAGAAAAAGGCAAGCAUUACUGACGUGUGGAUUCUCGUUUAGUUUCUGUUUGUUUCUUACGGAUUUAUUUUUAUUCCUAUUCGUAUAUCCAGGAUACCCGUGGUGAGGAAAAACUCCAAAGAGAGAAAGAAAAGCUACACGGUCAAGUGGAAGCAUUGAAGAAAGCUACUCAGGUCGGUUAAAAAAGAAAGAAUAGCGUAUAAAAUCCUAUAAAAUCUCCCUAUCAAAUAAUACAGCGUUACAAAACGUAUUCAUUCAGUGACAUAAAACUAAAAGUUAGGACAAAAGGCGCUCAUUUGCAUACAUAAACACUACAAUUGACUCCAAUUCAUACCAUCAGUCCAAUCAAGGUAUCGAAUAUGGUUCGGAACCAAGAACUAUAUCAUCCUCGGUAGUAUAAGUCAGAUUAGGUUCAUUUGCUUAGACCCAAUAGCAAAACCUGACUGCAUGAUACCAGGUUUCCAGUUAUACUCCCCCCUCCCUACUUUAAAAGUUAUUAUUAAGCAUUUAUAAACCAUAAAUCUUGCAGGAGGACAGUCAAAAAAUCAAGUCUUUGGAAAAAGAUCUGAAAGAAGCAAGAGCAAAACCGGCUGGUGGCGGAGGUGCUGAAGAAGUAAGCGAUUUACUACUUUCAUUCGAACAUUGAACAGUGACUCAUUUAUGUUCGAAUCAGUGUGGGACACUAGGGAGGCCAGGGGAAGGGGCAACUUCCCCCUUGCAAUAAUUUCUGAAAACCUUUGAAUGAUAUGUUUGUGAUGUUACUCUGAGUGUAUACUCACACCGGACUUCAUAUUCACGUCAUAGUAACAUCAUCAUCAGAGUAACAUCACAAACAUCAUAUUCACCUGAGUACACAACACCAACACAGAAAAAAUCUUUGAAUGAUAGCUGCAUACUGUGUGAGAAAGCUGUGACAGUAAUUUUUCAACCAUCAAAGCAUUGAUAGGGCAACGAUUAAGCCUUAUUGCAUGAAAUUUAAGACAAAACAGUUCAACUAAGGUUUAGUUCAGCUAAAAGCCUAAAAAGGGUGGUCACACAGUAUGUUGACAACUUAAUUUGUCCCACUGUAAAACUGAUACCCUUAAGUUGUAAAGUUUCUAACUGACAUGUGUUGCUCUCUUCUUCCUUCUAGAGAAUUGCUUUAAAGAAAGCAGAUAAACAAGUAAAAGGUAUGAAUAACAUUAUUCCCGCCUUCGAAGUUCUCAACUACGUAAUUAAUGCACUAAAUAAAGUCAAAUGGGUAGAGUAGGAUUGUGUAUAGAAGAAAAAGUGGUCUAUAAAUUGGGAUACCCUGCGAAAGGUAGUGUACUACAUGUAUAUCCUUAUGCCUGUAGUAUAUAUGUAUAGGUAAUAGUAUGGUUUCGAGUGCAAUUUGGGAAUGCACGAGUGAGUUUUUCAAAGACUGUCAAAAUUGCACGAGUUCGAAGACUAUCAAAACUCACGAGUAUAUGUUUUUUUUUCAAAUUGCAUGAGAAACCAUAGUAAUACUUAUUAAUAACAUACAUGAAAAAAUUACGCAGUCACGUGCGUAAGUCACAUUUAAGAAAAUUUAGAAAUUUGCACUGUAUUUCAUUUUUUGGCACUGUAUAUUAUUAGGUUAAUAAUUGAACAGAGGAAUUACAUUAAGCGUCCACCCCUACUUUGUGGUAUAGUAUAACUAUAUAACAAAGAGCCUAUUAGUACCCUCGAUCGAUUGAAGUGGACCUAUUUAUCUAAUGUGUUUGAUUCAAUGCUAAGAGGCAUUGCUCUUGUGCCAACUUUGUUCUCUCCACAAUAUAACCGUAUACUAAUGUGCACUGAUCAUCGUAGAUUUGACGAAACAACUGGACAUGGAAAAGAAGAAAAAUGAAAAAAAUAAAGAAAAUCUGAAUAAACUGGAGGAAGAACACAAAGAAUUGAAAAAGGUGAAAGUUUAUUAAAGUUAUUACGUAUCUACAAUUGGUAACAAAAUUCGUGGAGACUCAGGUGAAGAUAUAAGUUUGUGAUGUUGUCUCGUAAGUGUGUCCGCACCGGGUAAGCUGAAACGUUUGCUUGACAACGUUGGGAAUCGAACCCGCGACCUUUGCUUUGCUAGUUCAAUACUCUACCAACUGAGCUACGAGAUCAAGUCGGUUCGAGUGCAUGGGUGAUAUUUCGGAACUCAGUCUAGUUCCAAAACACACUGAUAUCGAUGGAACCAGACCGGAGUUAUUAUUUACAAAAGUAAUCCACCUUUCAAUGUCACUGAUUGUAUAGACUAUAUAUGUAAACAAUAUGCUUACAAACAUUACAACGGAUGGUUAUGUAUUUUCUAUAGAAUUACGAUUCGCUUAAUGCAGAAAGCAGGAGUAACAAGGCUGAACUGUUAAAACUCGGAGUCGCAGCAAAGGUAGAAUUAUCUUGUUCAUGUUUCUGUAACAUACCGCGCAUUUAAAUAUAAACAUCGCCGAUUCUUUCCUGCAAAAUUCUGAGUAACUUCUAGUAUGAGACCUGUUAGAAGGUCUUAAAUUACGAAAUUACUUAAGCCUCAGGGGUAACAUUUGAAAAUCCGAUGUUUCUUCUGAUAAAUCCCCGGUUUCCCAACAUUGUAAUCGUAACAAAAUUUUCUUUCCGCAAAGAGAAAAAAAGUUUUAAUUCCCAAGUAAUAUUUUUUGUUGCGGAGAUAAUGGCGAUGUUCAGAUUUGACUUCCACUACCGCUACUUCUCAAAGGCUUAAUACGCAUUUGAUUGGCUAAUAGGGUGGAUUAAUUGCCUCUGAUUGGUCAAUUGUAGCGGUAGUACAGGUCAAAAUGUAAACCUCUCCCACAUUUCCAAGUUGCCCUGGCGCCGGUUGUUCAAAGCUGAAUUAGCGUUAACCCUGGGUUAAAAUUUAAUCUACUGUUUUAGUUUGUGUAUUUCUGCACAUCUGUUUAUUUCAAAACUUCAGAGAAGAAAACUCCUAUCAAUCCAGACUAGAUCUCUGAACAAAUAUUUCCAAAUUUAUAGACAAGCUGUCAAGAAGUUUGCUUUGAAUUCUAGGUUAACCUAGGGUUAAGCUAACCCAGCUUUGAACAACCGGCCCCUGCUUUGGGAAACAACAUUUUCUCAACAAUGUUUUCUAGCUUGCCGAGGGUUUUUAAUUAUGAGAAGAGUGAUUUUUAACACCUUGUGUUGACAAAAUUAUUUACCGUACCAGGAAGGGCUGGAAGCUCAGGAGAAAGUUCAAGAAUUAACUGGUGAAGUUAAAAAGUUACAGGAGGAAAAUAAAACAUUAACUGAGAAUUAUAACAGCGAACGAAUACUUCGUAAGAAAUAUUACAAUAUGGUGGAAGAUAUGAAAGGCAAAAUCAGAGUUUACUGUCGAUCAAGACCUCUUAGUCGUUCAGAACUUGAAAGGGUAAGAACUUGCUUACAUUAGAUAAUACUAAGAAACUAGUAUCAUUCCAUACCAUACCAUACCAUACCAUUCAAUACCAAACUAUGCCAUAUCAUACCAUAACAUACCUUACUGUACCAUACUAUAUCAUAUCAUAUCAUAACAUACCUUACUGUACCAUUUCAUACCAUACCAUACCAUACUAUACCAUACCAUACCAUACCAUCACAAACCACACCAUACAACACUAUACCACAACACACCAUACCAUAUGUGGUAUAUUACAUCAUACCAGAAUACAGUCUACCAUUACAUCCAUAUUCCAUACCAUAUAUCAUAACAAUAAAAAUUUCUGUCUAUUCCAGGGCAAUCAUUCUGUUAUCAAAUCACCAGACGAGUACAGUAUAUCAGUUGAAACUGGGAGGGGUCCGAAAGAAUUCCAGUUUGAUCAAAUAUUUACUGAAGAAAGCACGCAAGAAAAAGUAUUUGAGGACACAUAUGUGAGUACUCAUCCUUUUACUAAAAAACAAACUACAUAUGUGUCGGAACAAGACGCAGUAGUUCGUUCAUGAGUCUUUAACAUCUGUAACUAAAAUUGCAUCUAUGUAGUGUUAUAAAUUAAAGCCUGCGCAUCACGUCAGCAAACGCAAUGGCGACAAAGAGAAAAAGUCUCUUCGCGCGAAUAAAUUCGCUUUUCCAAAACGGGUUUAACACUUUAACGUAAACUUAUGAAUAUUAGGUCACUGAUUUACUGUUCUUCCUUUCUUAGAAUCUCGUACAGUCAGCCAUUGAUGGAUACAAUGUGUGUAUUUUUGCUUAUGGGCAGACAGGAUCUGGAAAAACAUAUCCUUUUUCAUUAAAUAUGUUCUUCUGAAAAUAUCAUGUUUUAGUAUUUUGGUAUAUGAUGGUAUGGAACAGUGGCGAAACUAGCCAAGGCAACAGGUCAUGCUGUGCAAAUUUUUAAUUAUUUUUAUUAUUUAAACCUUUAAAAAUGUAUUGUUUUUAACCUAUUGAGAUGCAGGUUUAUUAGCAUCGCAUGACCAGUUGCCCUGGGUAGCUUCGCCACUGGUAUGGACUAUGGUGUGGUGUGAAAUGGUAUGAUCUGGUGUGGUAUAUUAAGGCAUGGUAUGUAUGGUAUGACAUUUUGUGGUGUGGUGUGGUAUGAUGUAGUAUGGUAAGGUACGAUACGGUACGGUACGGUAUGGUAUGGUAUGGCAUUGUAUUGUAUUGUAUUGUAUGGUAUGGUAUGGUAUGGUAUGGUAUGGUAUGGUAUGGUAUGGUAUGGUAUGGUAUGGUAUGGUAUGGUAUGGUAUGUAUGGUAUGCCCUAGUUACCUUCGCCACUGGUAUGGACUAUGGUGUGAUGUGAAAUGGUAUGAUCUGGUGUGGUAUAUUAAGGCAUGGUAUGUAUGGUAUGACAUUUUGUGGUGUGGUAUGGUGUAGUAUAGUAUGGUAAGGUACGGUAUGGUAUGGUAUGGUAUGGCACUGUAUUGUAUUGUAUGGUAUGGUAUGGUAUGGUAUGGUAUGGUAUUGUAUUGUAUUGUAUUGUAUGGUAUGGUAUGGUAUGGUAUGGUAUUGUAUUGUAUUGUAUUGUAUGGUAUGGUAUGGUAUGGUAUGGUAUGGUAUGGUAUGGUAUGGUAUUGUAUGGUAUGGCACUGUAUUGUAUUGUAUGGUAUGGUAUGGUAUGGUAUGGUAUUGUAUGGUAUGGCACUGUAUUGUAUUGUAUGGUAUGGUAUGGUAUGGUAUGGUAUGGUAUGGUAUUGUAUGGUAUGGCACUGUAUUGUAUUGUAUGGUAUGGUAUGGUAUGGUAUGGUAUGGUAUGGUUUUGUAUUGUAUUGUAUUGUAUGGUAUGGUAUGGUAUGGUAUGGUAUGGUAUUGUAUUGUAUUGUAUUGUAUGGUAUGGUAUGGUAUGGUAUGGUAUGGUAUGGUAUGGUAUGGUAUGGUAUUGUAUGGUAUGGUACGAUCUAGUGUGGUAUAGUAUGCUAUGGUUUGGUACUAUGGCAUGAUACGUGAUGGUGUUGUUAUGACAUGGUAUAAGUAAUGCGAAGUGUGUUCCUGUAUUUUAUCCUUCACUUUGUGUACUUUCACAAUGAUUGGCGACAAAGAACAGAAGUUCCCUGGUAUUGCUCCUCGAGCCAUGGAGAGAAUGUUCUCCGUCAUCAAUGAAAACAAGUACGGCCAUUAUUUAAUUUAGAUGUCCAUUGUAGACAUGAUAUAGACAUCUGCUACAUAUUCUGUAACUUUGACUAUGUAUAAUUGUAUUUUUUUCUUAUUUCAAUAGGGGUAAAUUCAGCUUCAAGGUUUCUGUGUAUAUGUUGGAAUUGUACAAUGAUCGUUUGAUUGAUUUGUUGGCAGAAAAUCACGCUGCAGAUGUAUCCUUUGAAUAUCAUUCUAACUUUCAUUCUGUUACAGUAAAAAUCGGCAUGAAACUAUACCACUGUUUUUCAUGUCAGGCGGAAGUGGUUCUUAUAUAUUAAGGUCAGUGAGA